CUCUCCGCUCUCCGGAACAACUACUGUGCAACAGCCAAUCCAAUCCAAUCUUUGAGUAGCCAAUAUGGCGACGCCCAAUGUGUUGAUCGGACGCCGUUGUGUUGUUAAGCGUCGAAGUACUGGGAGCUAAAUUUCGAGCUCACCACACCAAAAAGUUUCACCAAAUCGUUAUUUGGACGGUGACAUCUGCUUGCGGCAUGUGAACACGUAUUUCAAGCAGUUGUAAGAACACGAGGAGCAAGACUUUAACAAUUGAACGCUGUCAUAACUUCCGUACUGAACAAAACCAGUUUAUAUUUCCUGUUCUUCGCCUCAGGCGUCCUUGGCUGCAGACAAAGAAGGCGAAAUCUGCUGCCGGAGGGAUGCCGAAGCGACGCCACAGCGGCAGCGGCACUCCAGACUCGCAGGGCUCGAGAACUUCGAGUCGUGUGGCUAAGCGCCAGUCGACGGACUCCAAGUCCGGUGAGAACAAUGUCGCACUGCGGAGAUGUGAGAAGGCCCACUGUGGGGAGCCAAGGCCCGUCUGCUUUGCUAGGACAUCAAAGAGGUGCUGCGGAGAUGGCUACACAUCACGGUGGUACCACGUGUCAUCUGGAGAACAUUUCUGCAAUGAAUGUUUUGAAUACUACUACAGAAGCUCCAAGCCUGGUUACACAGAGUACCUCAAGUGGCGAGAACAUUGGACACACCAUGCAAGGUCCGACGCUUCACUCCGCAACUUUAUGGGAGACCAGAUCUUGCCCUUUUGGGUGCAGUGCACAUCAUGUCAGAAGUGGCGUCGCCUUCCCAAGGGGGAUGUGCUCACCCCGGAGGUGGUGGACACCUUCACCUGUUCAGACAUUCCUUCCUACGAUGAAGACGAUGCCCAGGAUCCAUGCACAGUUCCUCAGGAUCCCCAGGCAGCUGCUGCCGUGCAGCCCGAGUGGAUCUGCACUCUAGCACAGCCUCCUUUCAUGGUACACUCACCUGCCCAGCAGUUCCUGGGGGAUUAUUAUGCUGAUGGUGUGGGUCUCAGUCCAGCAACCCUCAACGGAGAUUCAGGGAAGGUUCCAAAGGAGUAUCAAGAGGAGGACGACUCUUAUGUGGAUUCAGAAUCCCUAGUGCGGCUACUGCAGCCCUUCUACCGACCGGGAGAGCAAGGAAAGGCGCUCUGCUUUCAUCCAGACAUUAUGGAGUCCUAUGAAAUGGACGCUUUUCCAGAGUAUGCCAGAGAGCAGGUGAUGUACUUGGGGGUACGCAACGUCGUGGUAGCUCUGUGGGCUCAGCAUCGGUCUCAGUGGCUGGACAUCGCACAUAUUUCACGUCACCUUCUAUGCCGUGGCCUAGCACGCAUUCGCUGCCUCCUGGAGGCCAAGAGGAUAUUGCACAUGUUCACCCUGCGAGGUAUCGUCAAUGUUGGAGCCAUCUCCCCUCCCAAAGGCCCACUCCUGCCACCUGUGUGCAGACAGAAAAGAGUGAUAGUGGUGGGAGCUGGCCCAGCAGGUCUGGCAGCGGCACGUCACCUCUACAACGUGGGACUGCAAGUAACCGUGCUUGAAGCACAGGACACACUUGGGGGCCGAGUGCAAGAUGAUCGUUCUUUAGGUGUUACGUUGGGCAUGGGUGCCCACAUUGUGACGGGAGUCACUAAUAGCCCCUUGACAACAUUGUGCAUCCAGAUGGGGCGAGGAAUGCGCAUCAUCCGGGACCAGUGUGACCUCUACACUACGCAAGGCACCCUGGUGCCUACGCAAACUGACAAACAUGUGGAAUUCCAUUUUAACGCUAUGCUGGAUGCUGUGGCCCAGUGGAGGUUAAAUCGGGACGAGGACGUCUGCCUCUAUGAUAAAUUGGUACAGAUGCAUCAGAAUUUCAUAGAAGAUACUAAGUUAAAUUUUACUACGGAGGAAGAGAACGUGCUGCAGUUUCACCUGGGGAACCUGGAGUACGCAUGUGGAGCACACCUGCGCUACGUAUCUGCCCUCCAGUGGGACCAAAAUGAGCGAUUUCCCCAGUUCAGUGGUCAACAUGCUUUGGUGCCAGAUGGUUUUGGAGCCCUUCUUCAGGGCAUUGCCCAGGGACUUGAUGUCCGUUUCUCUCACCAGGUGACUCGUGUGGACUACAGCUGUGAGGAUGAAGAUGUGCGUGUCUGGACCCAAGAAGACGAGAAGCUAUCAGCUGACUUUGUGCUGGUGACAGUUCCCCUGGCACUGAUGCAGGAGGGUGUCAUCACCUUUGAACCCCCAUUGCCCCCGAACAAGAUUUCGGCCCUUGAGCAAUUGGGAGCAGGCAUCAUUGAGAAGGUAGCCCUCAAGUUCAGCAAGCCCUUCUGGGCAAGUAAAGUACGGUCAGCCGACUUCUUUGGUCAUGUGCCGUCAUCAGCUGAACAGCGGGGCCUCUUCAGCGUCUUCUUCGACCUCAGCCCACGAGUGCAGCCAAAGAAGAACCCAAGCUACAUCCUGAUGACAUAUGUGAGUGGGGAUGCGGUGGAGUUGAUCAGGAGCAAAUCUGAUGAUGAAGUGGUGUCAAUGUGUAUGGAGGUGCUGCGUGGCAUCUUUGUUGACCAGAAGGUGCCCAACCCCACGGGGAGCUUGGUUACACGGUGGCGUGACCGUCCCCAUGCCCGCAUGGUAUACAGCUACGUACGUUGUGGUGGAUCGGGUGAAGCUUACGAUGCUCUUGCGCAGCCUCUUCACGGCAAGCUCUUCUUUGCUGGCGAGGGAACCAACCGCAUGUUUCCUCAAACAGUGAGCGGUGCCUACAUGAGUGGUCUAAGGGAAGCAUGGAAUAUACUGUCCAAGGUGGAGAAUGGCAUGUAGGACUUGUGCAGUGCUGUCAGCAACAUCUGUAAAUAAAAUGUCAUCUGUGUUA